GCGAGAAUGUCGGAUUCGGACGCGCCGAAUCUCUGUCCGGGGUGGGAUCCUACAUGGCCGCAAUCCUUAAAAAUGUGGAUGUUGGAGGCAUCCUGUGAGGCCAUGACCUAUGGACUUUUCCUGUGUCUAUACAUGCUCUCGACACAUAUAUUGAUUCGACACGGCCUCCACAACUCCACCGCUCGAAUCGUUCUCAUCUCCGUCACGACGUUCAUGCUCCUCGACUCGACCGCCCACCUCAUCCUCACCCUCGUCCACUCCAUCCUUCAAUUCCCAUACAUCUGCGCCCUGUCGACUCCGCCCGGCUUAACAAACGCACUUCCACGGAUGAUUACUGCGAAUGAUCUGCUCGAGCGUGCCCAAUAUCUUGUGUCGGAUGCGGUGGUGGUUUGGAGGGCUUGUGCGAUAUGGUCGGGGAAUGUUGCGGUUUAUGUUGGGUUGGGGUUUUGCUUUACUGUCACUGCGGUGACUAGUAUAUUCCUGGCUGUUCUGAACGUGUUGACGGCUGAGGGUCAUAAAUACACGACAUUGGAGAAGAACAUGCUCGGCACUCUACCGCUCCUCGCCACGAACUUCUUUGCCACUGCGUUGAUCGCGUACAAAGCCUGGCUCUACCGCCGCCAAAUCAAACAAUUCCUUCGCACCCAACGUGCCACACGCCCCAGGAUCCAAAGCGUGCUCGCUCUCCUCGUCGAAUCAGGAUUCAUAUAUCUAGGCUACUGGACGGAUGGGUUCAACUUCAAGGUUCUGAUCAUGAUUGGGGAUUUUGGGCUAUAUGGAGGAUAUUUCGAGUUUGAGUGGUUUCAGCCUAACAUCUCCGGAAUCUAUCCCACUCUCAUCAUCCUUGUCGUCUCUGAACAUAAAUCAUCCUCGGAAACGAUGUUCUCCCUCGCACGCGCAUCGAGCUGUACCGCCGACGGCCGGUCUAUAGAGUUCGGGUUCCCGCAGUCUAUGGCUAAGGGGUCGUAUAAAGAGUCGGACGAGAACGAGGGGGGGACUGUCACUUCGAAUUGCGUGGUGGAUUAUCGGGAUGAAGUCUGA